AUGCCACGCUUAAUAGCAUCACUCUUUCUGACUUUCGGUCUAUUUCUGGCCAAUGCCAGCGCAUCGGGUGCUCCAGGAGCCGUCCAUGCUUCUGGACACACUCAGGAGUCUAAACGGCCCAACUUUGUCUUCAUCUUGGUAGACGAUCAGGACCUGCACCUCAACUCACUUGAUUAUAUGCCAAAUCUGCAGCGUCUUAUCGGAGAUCAAGGCACAGUCUUUGAGCGCCAUUUCUGUACCAUUGCCGUUUGCUGUCCGUCAAGAGUCAGUUUGAUGACGGGCAAGCUGGCACACAACACCAAUGUCACCGAUGUUACUCCUCCCUAUGGUGGAUAUCCGAAAUUCGUGUCAGAAGGCCACAAUGAGAACUACCUGCCCGUCUGGCUGCAGGAUGCGGGCUACAACACCUUUUAUACCGGCAAAUUCUUGAAUGCGCACACGACUUCUAAUUAUAACAAUCCAUAUCCCAAGGGUUGGAAUGGGACAGAAUUUUUGUUGGACCCGUCCACAUACAGCUACUGGAACUCCACUUUCCAGAGCAACCGUAACGCCCCCGUGGUGUCGGAUGGCUACUCAACCGAUCUAAUCUCCAACUACUCCCUCGGCUUCAUUGAGCACGCAAAGGGUUCUAAUCGACCAUUCUUCAUUGGAAUUGCUCCCAUCGCGCCGCAUGCGAAGACGGCUGCAGUCGAGGGCUCGUCUAUCCCAGCAUUUACCGACCCGGUACCUGCCGCGCGACAUGCCAAAAAGUUCCCCAACGCAAAGGUUCCUCGAGGAGAGAACUUUAAUCCAGACACGCCGAGUGGAGCCAGCUGGGUCUUGGAUCUGCCGCAGCUAAACGCCAGCGAGGUCACCUAUAUGGACCAGUAUUACCGCAGGCGGCUUCAGGCUCUCCAAGCAGUCGAUGAGCUGGUAGAGGGCGUGGUGAACAAGCUCGACGAUUACGGGCUACUGGAUAAUACUUACGUCUUCUACACAUCCGACAACGGAUAUCACGUUGGACAGCAUCGCAUGGUCCCCGGCAAGGGAUGCCCUUACGAAGAAGACAUCAAUGUUCCCAUGAUGGUCCGAGGUCCUCGAGUGCCCAAGGGCCGGAAGGUAGACUUUGUUACCUCGCAUACCGAUAUUGCUGCGACCCUGUUCGAUCUGGCUGGUAUCCCAUUGCGAGAGGACUUUGAUGGACUCCCGAUGCCACUGACCAGUUCGGAGAUGCAGGAUGCCAAAGAUGAUCCGCGCCGAGAACACGUCUCUGUUGAAUACUGGGGUACCAACCUUCAGGAGGGAGAUAUCGGGCGAACCUCACCCACGGGUCCUGGAAUUGUCUCUGGCAACAACACUUAUAAAGCUAUGCGGGUCAUCGGCGACUCGUACAAUCUCUUCUACUCGGUCUGGUGUACCAACGAGCACGAACUUUAUGAUUUGACAAAUGACCCCUAUCAGAUGCGAAAUCUUUUCACCAAGUCGAAGAGCAAGUUACUUGGACGGGAUAUCAAGCAGGUCAUUUCCCGUCUAGACGCUCUCUUGCUGGUGCUGAAGAGCUGCAAAAGCUCUGAAUGUACGCUUCCAUGGCAAGUCCUUCAUCCAGAUAAGAAGGUCACUAGCCUUUCCGAAGCACUGAAUCCCAAGUACGACGCUUUCUACGCUGCGCAGCCAGAUAUUAGUUUCUCGGCUUGUGAGCUGGGAUACUUUCCCGAGUCGGAGGGACCACAGGAGGGGUAUGCGUACCGACGGAAUGGGGACUGGAGUUCCUGGGCAUAG